GUAAAGCGUGCAAGGCGGAUGGAGCUUCCCAGUAUUGUAACCGGUCGAGUCGGGAAAACAUGCAUUUUGUUUUCUCUCUUUCUACUGUAGUUUUUUUUUAACUAAAAUGGAUCCACCGUUCCCGUCCACUUUGAUUGCAAUUUAGAAAAUAAAUGGUGAAAAUUGGGAUUUGACACUUUUUUUUUGUUUUACUCUUUUCUUUGUUUUAAGAGUCAGUUCAUUUCUUUAAAUUGAUGCAAACUUUGCGAAAGUUUAGGUGCUGCUCCAAGUUCGGAAAGGAAACUCGUGAACACUCUCUUUUUCUGGGUUACAUUCUCACUUCCGCAUUAAUUUGUCGGUUGGUCCAAAAGUGUUGUUCAAUGGCAGCCGGAACUUUGAAAACUCUGUCAGGCUGUUCACGUCAACGAACACUUCCAAAACGUCUUUUAUUGUGCAAUUUCCCCGGAGCUUUUUAUACAUUUUGUAUCUUUUUAAUUCGGCUCAACCUUUGCCAUACAUAACUUGAUUUCACUUUCAAACCAUUCCAGAAUGAAGAAAGUAGUCUUAUUUCUAGUAUAUAGUAUUGUCCUGUUUGUCGUUACUGUCAAGUGUGAUCAUGGCACAGCCACGUGUAGCAGCACACAAAAAGGAUGUUGAUUGUUCUCGCAACGUUCGUCAACCAGUCAUCUGUUCAAACAACCACGUUUUCUGUUUCGUGUGUAUGCAGUCUUGGCUGAAAAAUAGCACCCAGUGUCCAACCUGUAGAAUUCCAAUCACAUCUGAAAAUCCUUUCAAGGAAGUACUUGGUGGAACAGAUGGAACAGAAAAUUGUGACAGUCCAUCGGUUAAGCGUCACCUUCGCAAAACUAGAUUGGAUCUACUACACAGAGAAUAUGAAGAGGAAAUUGAAUCCCUGCAGAAAGAAAUUGAGGAUCUUCGUGGCAAAAACUUGAGCCUGGAAUUGCAGCUGCAAACUGUCUUUGACACAAGGACAUUGUCACCUUCUAGCAAAGCUGAUAACCAGAAGCAAAGCCCAACUGAACAGGACAGCGUACCUGACUUAAUCAGUCCACAGGAAUGGAGGGCCAAGUUAAAAGCUGCUACAGAAAUCUAUGAGAAAUCAAAAGCUGACCUCGAUAAACUUAAAGAAGCAAAUCGAAAGCUUCGUGUUCAAAAUGGUGAUCUUGUGAGAGAGAACUUGCAUCUGAAGGCUGAGAUUGACAGCCGAUCUCCACAAAAUCUGUGGGGUUCUGAAAUGGCUGAUAACUCAAAUGCACAAUAUACUCCACUACACUGAUGCAGGUGAUAUCUU